CUCUGAGUCGCGCUAGGUUAGUACAGCGCUCUGCACGAGUGACGGACGCCCGGCUUCACGGCCGGCGAUUUUAGUAUUCUUCAUUUAUUUUCUUUUUCUAUUCGUUUAAUUUGUGAAACACCCCGGAAACAUGAAACGAGUGUCCCGCGAGUGAGUACCCAGUGUUCAAAAUAUACGGGUGUGUUUAUUUGACAGUGUCACGUGCGGAGCCGAAUUGUUACCGGUUCCUGAGUUUUGAAAAGUGUUUAUAUACGCACGCGGCCUUCACUUGCAGGUAGCGAAUGUGAUAGUGUAAAGUUUACUGAAUUAUAAGAUUUACAAAGUGGUACGAAAAGUUCUCGUGGGAACGCGCGGAGUUCAGUGUUUCGCGAACGCAAAGUUCGCACGGAUUUGUUCCAAUAGGAUUCCGUUCGGAAACUAGUGGUGAAGUUACAAGUUUACGACAUAACCUUUCGAACGAGGCGCGUGUUGCACAGGCAUGCGCAGUUCGGGUCUCUAAAAUUAAUAAUAGAGGCUCAUAAUUUUGUAAACAAACCGUGUGCGUGUUGAGUGUGUGUAGUGCCGCGCCGCUAACUAGCGACGCACGACUCGCCGGGCGCGCGACAGUCGCAAAAAUUUAAAAAUCGGAGAUUAACCGUUCACCUGUGGGAAUUGGUGUUUUACCUGCGCGCGCACUGAACUUCUUUACAAAGGUUGGCGCAACUAUGAUGUCCUGUCCUCUCCCGCUGCCGCUACUGCCGGCCCUGCAUCCCCAGCCAGCGCUCGCCUCAGACUUCCCUAUCCACAUUGGAAUAAAGAGAGGCUCCGACGAGCUUCUGUCGCAGAGUGGCGUCACCGUCAUGGCGCCCGCUGCUCCGCACCACGUCGACAACAACAACCAAGACUCUGCCGCCAAAAAGGUGAAACUGGAACAGAAUGUGGGCAAGCCUUCGCGCGUCAUCCACAUACGAAACAUACCCAACGAGACGACAGAGGCCGAGAUCAUACAGCUCGGCCUGCCCUUCGGCCGAGUCACCAACGUGCUCGUGCUCAAAGGAAAGAAUCAGGCCUUCCUCGAGAUGGCGGAGGAGAUAUCCGCAGUGGCGAUGGUGGCGUACUUCGGCGGGUGCGUGGCGCAGCUGCGCGGGCGCGCCGUCUACGUGCAGUUCUCCAACCACAAGGAGCUCAAGACCGACCAGACGCACAGUAACGCCUCGGCGUCGGCGCAGGCGGCACUACAGGCGGCGCAGGUGAUCUCCAACAGCGCAGGGGCGGCGCUCGUGGCCGGCGCCGGCGCUGCGCUGCAGCCCGCCAACGGCGGCACUGAAAUACAGGGUGGCCCCAACACAGUGUUGCGAGUUAUCAUAGAACACAUGCUCUACCCCAUCGUGCUCGAUGUGUUGUACUCCAUCUUCCAGCGAUACGGAAAGGUGCUCAAAAUUGUCACCUUCACCAAAAACAAUUCAUUCCAAGCCCUCAUCCAAUACCCAGACACCGUAUCAGCGCAAACAGCAAAAACGGCCCUAGAUGGACAAAACAUUUACAAUGGAUGCUGCACUCUCCGCAUCGACUAUUCAAAGAUGACCUGCCUUAAUGUCAAAUACAACAAUGAUAAGUCCCGGGACUACACUAAUCCCACGUUGCCAUCCGGCGACGGCGACGCUCACCAGCUGUUGACCAGUGAGUUGAUGCCUCUGCGGGCUCGAGUCGCUCUGGCCCUCGCUUCCAGGAUGAGUGGUGGCGUACUUGCUCCGCCGUUCCUUGGGCUCGGCUCUGGCCUGGCGUCCCCGUACGGCGUCGGCGUUGGUGGGGUCGGGCUGCCGGCGUUCGGGGCGCUCACGCUGACGCCCGCGUCGCCCGCGCUACGCGCCCUAGCCGCGCCGCCGCUACCUCUUGCCACUGUGCUACUCGUCUCCAAUCUCAACGAAGAGAUGGUCACGCCUGACGCUCUCUUUACCCUUUUCGGCGUGUACGGCGAUGUGCAGCGAGUGAAGAUACUCUACAAUAAGAAGGAUUCUGCUCUAAUUCAAAUGGCUGAGCCGCAUCAGGCUCAUCUAGCCCUGACUCACAUGGACAAGCUGCGCGUAUUCGGGAAGGCCAUGCGCGUGAUGCUGAGCAAGCAUCAAACUGUGCAGCUGCCGAAGGAGGGACAACCGGACGCUGGUCUCACGAGGGACUAUUCGCAGAGCCCCCUCCACAGAUUUAAAAAGCCUGGCAGCAAAAACUACCAGAACAUUUACCCGCCAAGCGCCACGCUGCAUCUAUCUAACAUUCCCGCCACGGUCUCCGAGGAAGAUAUCAAAGAAGCCUUCACAAAACGAGGCUUCACAAUCAAGGCGUUCAAGUUUUUCCCGAAGGACCGCAAAAUGGCGCUGGUGCAACUGCCGUCCAUCGACGACGCGGUGGCCGCACUCAUCAAGAUGCACAACUACCAGCUGUCCGAGUCCAACCAUCUCCGGGUCUCCUUCUCCAAGUCCAGCAUCUAAACGGACCGAUUCGGAAUAUCACACAAUCUCUGUCAGUCGCGUCCUUAUGCCUAUCAUUAUUAAGUAACUGAAUGUUUAGUGACACUCUUUGGAUGCGUAGGAUAAGCGACUGUCAAUUAAACUGAACCUCUCACUCAACUCGAGAAUUUCCCUCGACUGAAAAUUACAAAGUAAUCUGUAUUACGCUUACUCGGAUCAGUUUAGAGGAAUAAGUGCUACUCUAUUUUCUUAGUGAAUACGUACAUUUAAUAUUACUGCAAACGUUAAUCUAAGAUACAUUCAUCACACGACUUCAAACGGCAGCUAUAUAUGCUUUUUAUUGUUUUAGAAGCGACUCUGAUUAUGUUCCUACCGCCCUGACGCCUGAGAGAAUGCCUAUUUUGUGUGAUAUUCAUUCCAUAAUUUUAAUAAUCAUAAUUUUAUUUCAAUAAUGUCUUCAUGAUUUCCAUUUGAUAUUUGUAAUUUGCGUUAAUCAAUUUUUCUAAACAAUAUAUAUUUUGCAAUUAGAUUGCGCUAGAUUUAUUUAAAGUUUGUCGAAAUGGACCCUUUUAUCGCGAUGUCAGACAUUGCUUUCGUUAAUUCAUGGUUGUUUUGUUCCGGCAGCUAUUUUAUAUUAUAUCUAUCGCUUUAAAAUAUAUUUUGUCAUGUUCAUGUUACAAUAUUAUAGCAAGCAGUGUUGUAUGGGAAUUUUCAUUGUAUAAUUAUUAUUUGCAGUUAUUAAUCUAAUAUCAUAUUUUAUAUAUAAAAACAUGAUUUAUUUUAACAUGCACAAUUUACUAUUAUUGCAUUUCUUUGUAAGUAAAUAAUUAUAGUUUUGUACACAUACACAUUUUGUUAUUAUUGGAAAUCUACAUUUAUAAAUGUGUAUGUGUGUGCAAUAUUAGGUUUAGAGAUAAUUUUAGUAAUGUUCUAAGAUUUCAUCGUCUACGUGUUACUGAUGCUUCCAUACAGUGUUUCGUUGUCUGCAGCGCGUCCUGUUCUGUUUCAAUAGUUGUUCUCGAUUAGUUAGUGUAAUCACGUCUCUUAUAGCUAAGCAUCUCUAGUUGAUAUAUCACUAUGUAUAACGUUAUGUUCAUCGACAUAAUAGUGAUAUGAUGCAUUUAUUUCGAUGUUAAUUUAAUAUUAGCUACAACAUACUAUAAAUGCUCUUGCAUACAGUUAACGGUAGAUAAUUAAUUAUUUAUUUGUCUAGAGAGCCGUACGCGCGGUGUGGGGGAUACUACAAUAACGUAUUUUUUAGAAUAAUUUUCAGUAUAAUUUGAUUAGUGUGUCGCCACACUGCGAACGGCGAUGGUCGAGAAUAUAUUCGAGAUCUGAUUCGCUUUUCCUCUAGCAAAUUACAUGAACAGUAUUCACACUAGGGCACAAGAAUUUGUUAUACAGUAUUAGUUAAAUAACUCCCCUGAUACCUACUUUAUUUUUGUACAUAAACAUUCAAACUUUCAUGACUUGGCUUUUCAAACUUCUUGGACUCGUGCUCGAUUGGUUUUCACACAUCUUUGCCUUCUUAAAUUAAUAAAUAUGCGUCUAGUCCAAUGCAAAAGAGAUUAAGUUUGUGGAUUAAGUAAUUAUACGUCGAGGAAUCAUGUCAACGAUUGUCUCAAAUUAUUGGAGGUUACUCUGGUACGAAAAGCUUUGAAAAAAUGAUAUUUAUAAAUAAAUAUGGUCAUUGAGCAUUGCCCAGUGAAACCUGAUGCUCUAAUAAUAGGACCAGCUUUAAGUGUUCAGUUACACGUCCAGUAUAUGAUUAGGCAAAGCAUGCGUGAAACAGAUACCUGAAUUAUGAAAAAUAAGGAUCGGCUACGUCACUACAAACACCUACCUAUCGCAGAUAUUUGUACAGUUAAUAAAACGUCAAUGUCAUAAGAGACUAAUGCAAUUUUUUGUCAUUUUACCUGUACAUCCUUGGUGACUUUGUGAUGAAAUGAAAUAAAAAAAUUAAAUAUAACGAUAGGGCAACGGGGGGCACACUAGAUGGUGAACUAAAAGAUUACUUGGGGAUUUUAUUCGACUUGUUUAAAUGAACUCGCUGAACUGAUGUCACAAAAAGUUGCAGUGAUUUCGUGGCCGCGUCAUAUGAUUGGUAAUGCUGUGUUAUACAAAAAUUAUAUGAAAUAGAGCCCCAGUUUGCACAAAAUGGCGCCAACAAGUUUGAAUGGUAACUUGGUAAGUUCGCCGGUCACUCAACUUAUCCCUUCCAGAGUCAAAGAAAAUUAAAUAGUUAUUUUAUUUUAGAAAGCAUAUUCAGUCAUUUAUAAUUAUAAAACAAACAUAUUUACACUAUUUUAAAAUGUAUCAUUAUACAUCACGUAACGUAAAUAAGGAUAAAAAUAGAGCUUAGUAAGAUGAUUAAACUGAAAAAUAUUAGAAUGUCAUUAUGAUGUAAGUUUUACUAGAAAAAUUUAAUCAUACAAAUUGUAUUAUUCAGUACGUAUGAUAAGGAUUGUAAAAGUAGUUAUUUGGUUUAGAUAAUGUUAGGUGACCAGGGUGUGGUGAUAUUUUGCACGUUUUUGAAAAUGUUUUUCUACAGGGUGCAGAAUGCAGAAAUUGUGCGCUCUUGUUUUAAAAUGAGAUUAAAGCGGUUGGCGACUGGUGGUCUGGUGGGCGAGAACGGCGGUAUCGCAUUUGUAUUUAAAUAUUAUAAUUACUUAUUUAAUAUACAUUAUCACAACAAGGAGAUUACAUAUCCAUUGUAUUCAGCGUAGAACGCUACACACAUCGCGUGUCUAUCACAGGAUAUCCGUUUUGUCGCGUAGAUUCAUUGUCCAUGGUAUUCAUUGCUUCUGCUCAAUCCGUAGAUAUCAAUAAGUAAUAUAUUACUAAAUGUGUGUAGCGUUUUCAGGCCUAAUCUUUUCUCAAUAACAUUGGUAUUGACUAAUAGAUAAUUAUAGGUAUUUUUGUGUUUAGAGAAGUAUUUUAAAUAUUUAGAUAAUACGGUAAUAUUAUAAAAUAAGAAAUAGAUCAGUGUUUAGAACGAGAUGCCAAAUUAAAGUCAAUACACAUUAUUUUAGGUAAAAGGUAAUUGAAGUAAUCUUAACAUUUAUUGAAAAGUUGAUAAAAAUGUUAAAGUUAAAUUAUAUUUGAGAGUUUUAUUAAGCGCAAUUUUUCAUUGUAAGCGAACAUUGUUUCAAUUUGUUGGUUAAAGUUAUGCGUUGAAAAAGAUGUGAAAGUUGUUUUCAGACUGUCGUCUCUGUGUUCACCCUCUUGCGUUACGAGCAAAACCAUUUCAACAUAUCUCUGCAUAUCAUUCUUAUUCUACCUAAUUUUAUUGCGCUUUAUAUCUCUUAAGCUGUACUUGUUUUAAGUACUUACGUACAUGUUUCUUAAAAUUAUAUGAAAAGCCAACAUAUCAAUUAAUAGAAAUUUGGCUCAGCGCAUCUUAUACAUUUUCAAACCUCAGCCUUGUAGCUGAGAGCUGCGCGGGAGCAGCGCUUGCAACCUCAAGCGUCGCUCCAUUUAUACUUAUGUAAGAAUUCAUCAUUUCUAUUUUUCUUAUUUUAAUGUUAAGCCUCAUGUGUGUUUAAUUUCUUUCUUAUUUUUAAUUUCGUAAUUAAACAAUAUUAUCAAUAUAUUCUUUUUGUUCUUUUUUUGCCUCCUCUUCGUUUUUCCUUAGUUCUUUUUUCUUAAAACUCAAUACCAAUUGUCUAAAGUACUUUAGGAAGAUGUGAUCUAAGGUUCGUUAGUCAUAUAAAGAAUGGCCUUUGAAAUCUCACAAAUAUCUACAUUUCAUUUGUUACAUAUCCAAUACUGUUAAUUUAAAUGUAUUUUCUCAACACUUGAUGAGAUAAAAACUAUUUGUAAAUAAAAAUAAAAUUUAAUGGGGAUCAAUAUAUGAAAUGAUGUACAUUAGUACGCAAUUGGUACUGUAGACAUAUUCGUGUUUAGAUCUAACUAUCCUGGCGUAAAUAUCGCAUCUACGGUGAAACUUGUCUACCUUCUAUAAUGCUUUGAUAAUAUCCAUAAUUUCUUGUGACACUAAGCAUCAGUGAUCUGUGGUUUUGUGGAUUGUCUUGACUUUCACGAGAAUUAAGCGAAGUUACAUGUUGCUUAGUUCAACUACGUUGGGUGUAAGGGACUUUGAUUGCCAUUGAAGAGUUAUCGUAAUGAGUUAUCGUAGGAUGGGAAAUUCGCACAGGGUAUAAGAGUUAAUUCCGUGCCGUGUCCCUGAUCCCUGCUGCGUGGAAAGAACUGAACCAUUCCAUACCGAGGUGUGAGCUAACUGUGUAACUGCCAAUUAAUAGGAACUCCUUCUCAAACUGCUGUUGAUUGUCUCAUUUAUUUUCAAUAAGUAAAGAAAAUUGUCUUCUGCAUGCAUCUUGUGACUAAACUAACAGUGUAUAUUUAUGUUUUGUCAUCAAAUCAUAUAUAUGAAGGCUACCUACUUAUAGUAAAUUGAGUAUUAAUAUGAAUGAAUUGAAAUUAAACAUAAGUGAGAUGUGUUUUGAAGUUAUGAAAGCUUGUUAUAUGAAUGCAUAUCCAACGCAAACCUAUGAAAUGGCAGUUAUCCUUGUGUUAUAUUAAUCUGUGAAUGUAAAUAUUAUACACAACUAUAUUAAUAAUAACAAAUUAAAUAAAUAAGAUAGUAAAGAUUAACAUAAUCCUUUCUUUAAAAUUUACUAAUAAAACAUAGGUAACCUAUUCUAAUUUUCAGUAGUUGCCUAGUUCAUUAUCAAAGUAACUUCUAGAGAAUACCUGUUUUUUUUAUCUAAAUUGUAGGGCUAUACCAUUGAUUUAUAAAAGAUUAAUAAUGGUGUGCAAAUUAAAGGGUUGUGUGUAAAGUUAAAAUAGUUUUAAUAGUUGUAACUCGUUCCUGUGACGAAAGGUUAUCCCAUCUUUUUCUUAUAACUAAACGCACAUCUAUUUCUGUUCGCUUCUAGUAAAAAUUUGCCACAACUUUUGAAACAAUGUCAAUAUUUUUUAGUCUAAUUAAAUCAAUAAUGCCAAAGACCAAUCAUUGGGACAAAAAAACAGGGAUCUAAUAAUAUUUUCCUUUCAACUAAAUCUUAACCUACCUAACUCUAAAUAGACAUUGACCUAGAUAAAGGGAAAAGUAAGCUUUAAAGAGCAUAUUUCGAAAUAUAAUGUAUUUUAAUGAUUGUUUCCGAAUCAUAAUUUUGUGAAUUGCCAAUGGCCCACCUGUGAGGGCCUGCGGCAUGUUUCCACAUACAUCAUAACAGUUAGAUGAAAUUAUGAAUAAUAUAUACAAUAUUAUCAUCUUAAGUGACUACCCUAUUGAACUCUAGAUUUAUUCUUUGUCAUUUUAUAAUAAAAUAUAGUUGAAAAUGGCA